AUGAAAUCGGUAGCAAAAACUUGUGAGAAGCACGUUACCUACCAGGAUACAUAUUACCUAACAUAUGAUGUUGAUGGCUCCGAGGCGGUUGUUGAAUUGGUUGAUCCGGGUUUGGAGCAUACGGGUGCGCGAGAGAUGUCAAUCCGCAAGGCUGAUGCUGCUAUAUUGUUCUACCAGGCUUCUUCGCAGUCAUCAUUCAAUCAACUAUACGAUGUGGUUCAUGAUUUCCACUUACGGAGAAAUGAUUUUAAAGUGAUUUUUUAA